AUGGCUGCAACACGGUCGUCCCCUCGCACCCCGUCUAAGAAUAAAGGGGUUGGCCCAUCAGGUACUGAAGGAAUUGUUGAUGAGUUGGAUCAUGCACAUAAGGCAAACUGGGACAGUGCAGCAACAAAAAUCUUCCUACAGUGUGUUAGGGACGCAAUAUUAGCGAGCUGGCGGGUAGGUACAACCAUAACCAAAACAGGGUAUAAUGAAAUUGCACUGAAAUUCACUAAGCGCACAGGUAGACGUCAUGAAAUUACACAGCUGAAAAACAAGUACAGAAGUUUGAAAAAGGAAUGGCAGGCUUGGAACAAGUUGAUGGAUAGUAGUAAGGGUGUGACAAGCAUUGGGUUUGACAGGGAAACCGGGUUGUUCACGGCGUCGGAAGAGUGGUGGGAAAAUCUUAAAUCGACAAACAAGAUCGCUUACAAAUUCAAGACGAAACCAUUGAAACAUGAAGAGUUGAUGCGCGAAGUAUUCACCAGUGCAACUGCGACUGGCAAACACCAUUGGACACCGGGAGAGAAGGUUGUGGAUGUUGGCGAUGGUGAAUCCUACUCAGUGGACUCUCCUGGGUUAGUACCAUUUACUGAGCCAUACAGACCGGUCGUUAACUCACCUCCAAACUCCCCCACCGUCCAUCUUGAAGAAGCAGACCCCGAGACAAAAAGGAAAAAGGAAGGUAGCACUAGUGGAAAGUCGAAGAAGAUCUCUAGUGGAGCAUCGAUGCUUGCGGAUAGUUUUAACCAUCUGUCUAAGGCGGUUCAAGCACAGAAGCACCUAACGAUCAGGCACGGAACUGGUGCAUCACAGAAGUAUGGAAUUGAGCCAUGUAUGCAGCGGCUUAUGGCUAUCCCGGACUUCAUCAUUUAUGGUGAUCCAUUUGUUCCAUGUUCGAUUCCUCCACCAUCCGAUUAUCAGUUGAAUUGGGUGUUUGAAAACAAGCUUUCUUCCAUCAAUACAGAAGAAAUAACAAGCUCUUUAUCACUUAAAGCUGCGCAAAUCGGUGCAACUUCUACUACUGUUGACCCAUCAUCAUUCCUAGGAAGCUUUGAGAUUAGGUGCAAUAACAACAAUGAAGUUCAAGAGCCUGCAGUGGUUGCGGUGGUAGGAGCCUGCAGUGGUUGUCAAUAG